ACCUACGUAUCUGAAAAGUGCCCACCUCGUGCUCGUUGUGUUCGGUUCCGUUCGUUCAGUAUCAAUCCAGCUUCACUCCUUGCUUGACGCGCCGAUCCAGGCUCUCUUUGGUUGAUAAUUAGUGGUAUACUCGCCCUGUGCGCGUGGCAGCUGUAAUAGCUUUUUCGGUUUUCCCUUGGUAUAUCGUUGCCAGAUUGCAAAAAAACUCAUUUGUGAUUGCGUUAGCGAAACUUUCCCCAAGCGUUGUUAUUCCCUGCGUUCGCGGUUUGUUCACGUCAUGGUAAAUUUACAUCGUAAUCGUAGCGCCCGCAAGGAGUUUUAAAGUUCAAAUCGAACCAUGCAGCAUCAGCUGGAUGCCUACGUUGAGGAGUUUUUCUCGAACGAUAAAGUGAAAUCCCUGCAGAGAAAGCUCGUUGGUGAUAUUGCAUAGUAAUGUAAAAAGUUGAAAAAUACGGCAUUGGAGUGUACGACACAGUGCAUUGUAGUGCAGAAAUUGCAACGCUUUGAAUGUGUUGGUGUUGCGCUUUACCGAACGAAAGAAGAGAGUGAAAAUUCAGAUCGUUCGAACACCUAGAGAAGCAGUUAAAAAUAUCAAAGUUUACCGAGACCAAAUCUCUACAGUACAAACGGAAGAGUAAUCAUCUGGCAAAGGAAUGGCACGGGUAGCUGAGGACAGUGACUUUGAGGCGCUGAAGCGACUAGUGGACGAUCACGAGGGUUGGACGCUGGAGCUUUCAAAAUCUGAUACGCAGGUGUACACACGUCCGGUUCCCGGAUGCAACUUCAACAUGGUGAAAAUUCAUACCGAGUUCGCUGACGUAACGGCGGAUAUCCUAUUCGACGUGCUGCACGAUCCGGAUUACCGAAAAGUCUGGGACUCUCACAUGCUGGCUAGCGAGGAAAUUGGCAUUCUCAACGUGAACAAUGACGUGGGAUACUAUGCGAUGUCCUGCCCGCCGCCGCUAAAACCGAGGGAUUUCGUGCUCCAGAGGUCAUGGCUCGACACAGGCCCUCGAGGAGAACAAAUGUUACUUUCCCGCUCGGUACCGCACAGGAAAUAUCCCCCCAAGAAGGGAUACGUUAGGGCAAUGUCCUACAUUACAGGGUUUGUUCUCAAAACCGAUGAAAACAUAAAGACUGGAUGCACACUGAAGUACGUGGCACACUGUGAUCCCCAGGGGACGCUUCCGCCGUGGCUAGUGAACAAGGUUACCCACACUCUGGGCCCUCGGAUGGUUAAGGAUCUCAAGAAGGCGGCACUGGGAUACGUUACCUGGAAGCAGACCCAACCACAUCUGCGGAAACCAUGGCGCUACCCAGAGGAGAUUAGCUGCCCUAGAAUAGCGAUGGAAGAUUGCCUGGACAUCGUUGAAGUUCCGGUUGCACGCAUGCUUCCACAAACUCCAACUACACAAUCUGCGAAUGGAAAAGUAACGAAACCCACAUCCGCCACGACACCAAGCUCACCAGCACCAGCACCACAAAACAUACAAACCAACGUUGCCAGCAGCUCCAGUAGUACCAGUAGUAGAAAGGAGGAAAAGAAGGAAAGGAAGUUUUUUGAAAGAAAGGAAAAAUCAGAUUCGAAAGCAAGCUUAAAUAAUGCAAAUGGUUGUAGUGGCAACAAUAUUAGCAAUAAAAAGGAAGACAAGAAAGCCAAAAAGGAGAGUAAAGAUGAUAGCAGUGUGAAAGAGAAGAAGAAAGAUGGUGGUUUAAAGAAACGAAGAUCGUUGUUGAGUUUGAAAUUUUAGAUAGUCAUUAUAUUCAAAUUCUAUAGUUAUGCGAUACUACAAAAAAAAAUUACAUCCACGCACACACAGUGUGAAAUGAUAAAAGCAGUGAAUCACUUUCGAGUGAUUCCAAAGGUUACAAUUUUACCAAUGAACACAAAUCAAUCAUAUCAAGUAACUAGAUAUACUCUCCAAUAUGUUUUAUGAAACGUGCAACCAUUUAGUCCCCACUAGCGCAUAGCGGUAGAACAACUAACAUGAUCUAUCAAAAUGCACAAAAUCUGUUGAAGACUUAUCAAUGGGCUGCAUCGAAAGCAAUUUUUUAAUAAUUGAAGUAAUCGUGAUACGGUUGUGCUACAUUAUGCCGAAUGCCAUAGCCCCAAAUGUCACUUCCUCGAACGCCAUUACCCCGAAUGAUAUUCUGCCUUCUUUUGACUGUGCUCGUUCUUUCCACUUUCGGGGUUUCCUGGUAAUGGCGUUUGGGGAAGUGACAAUCGGUGGAUCGGCAUUUGGAGUAAUGCAGCACAAUCCGUGAUACUUGUACAAUGUUACGAUUUGUGCAUAGGAAACCUGUAUAUAAAGUUGUUGCCAGACCUAUUUCGAGUUGAAAUCAGUAGUUGUGUAGUUUUUUUUAAAACCACACCCGAACUUCCAACUAUGUUUCCAUUUUUAAAGAAUAAACACAAUCUUUUCCAAUAGACAGCUAAAUACUUCAGAACGAACAAUUUGAUACAGUGAUCCGUUCCAAACAAAGAAAAUGUAUGAAUUCUUUCAACUUCCGCUGUACUUAUUUGAAAAAAAAAACUCUGAACAUUUAAUCCUGAGGCCUUCCCUAGCUAUUUCUCUAAUCAAACAACAAUCGACUUAAAGAUCAAUUGUAUGACGUAGAAUAGUUUAGUUAUCAAAUUCGUACAUACAAUAAAGAAAGAAAAUUUACAAUCAAUUAUAGUAAAACCGAAUAACUAUUAGUUAGAAAUUGACGCUCCUUUUGUACCUAUUAUGUGUUAAGCAGUAUGCGAUUAACUAAUGAGUGUUGUGAUUUAUUCCUACAAAUACGAGCAGUAGAAUGUAAGUAAAUGGUACAGUAAUUAUUUGCUGCGCGUAUUUAUACAGUCUCAAUCUGGAAGAUGUGCAAAGCACGAACAAAGACUAUCCUAAUUUAAACUCAAGCGUUGCGAAAAACCGAUCGUUAGGAAGAAAGAAAUAUUACUACUUAGUGUGUUACAGUUACAACAUUGGAUGAGCUUGCAAGGCAGAUUCGUUUACGGUUUUAACGGAUGAAGGAUGAAUUCUAGGAUAGAAGGAUAGAGUUAUUAUGUCAAUAGUUGUAGCGUUGAUCUUGUGCAUUUAGCAUGAUAAGUGAAAAAAAUAUUUAUUGGAAGUUGAAUCAACUUAUUUCCGUUGCU